AUGCACAAAACAGUAACAAUUGACUAUUUGUCAACUUUGACAGAUAUUUCUGAUAUCCAAGAGGCUGACUUGAAGAACCUUAUGGAGGCAGCCAAAGAACAAGCCAAAGUUAUGCUUGAAAAGUUUGAAGUAAAAUGCGGGAAAAACAAGGUAGGUGUCGAGUGUUGAUGAUGGUGCUCUUUUCAGUUCUUGUACUCAAUUAAUACUAGAUGCAUGGACAUUACAGCCACGACGUUAAAUAGCCGUUAAGACUAAGCUCAAGUAGAACUGUGCGCCUUUAUGCCGAGAGGGAAUUCUUAGCUUCCAACUCCGGCCAGGGUAAUAACUAAGUUGGUCAAAAACUACAAAUAUCAAUCCUGCUACAGCAGCUGCCUCUCAUCAUUCCUCUCUUGCUGCGAAAUACGUUUCACAAGAGAAAAAACCUUCUCGCGCAAAUUACUUCACAGCGCCUACUUCUUCCACGAUAAAUGAAUUUUUCAACGAUAACUCGCCACUUAUGAACAGAAUUCACAGAACUAAAGUUCCAAUGUAGAACUUGCAUUUAACUUUUCAGUUAACAUUGCGCUUUGGCUCUCGCACUCCCCUCCCCCAUCUCUAUAAACUCCGACACCCACCCCCUCUAAUCGUUUGAAACUAAGAUGGCCUCCCAUAACGGUAAGUGCUCGAUCUCAAUGAUCCUACGGAAAAAUAGGGGACUCUGAACAGUUCACUCCUUCCCUUAAUUAGCGUCUUCUCUCGCGUGCGUUUACUUCGUUCGCGCGUGCGGGCGUAACACACUUGCUCACGCAAUAAUCUGAGCGACAGCUAGCAGCCUAGGACUAAAGUCAUAAUCGAAAGUUCUCAUUUUCUUUUAGAUACCUGUUAAAACCAGGAUUGAGCUCGGCUCACCAGGGGAGGUCAUUUGCAAGGUCGCCAAGGAAGAAAACGUCACGUGUAUCUUACUGGGCAAUCGUGGACUCGGUGCCUUCAGAAGAACCAUGUUAGGAAGUGUUAGCGAUCACGUGGUUCACCAUUCACGAUGUCCGGUUAUAAUUGUACCACCGCGAAGUGAACACAAAUCUUGAAGGCCAAACUAGUCAAACUGGCUUGUAUUUCUUAUUAGUAAAAUCCAACUAGUGGUCUAUUAUCAAUGCUGCGUUCUGAUUGGUUGAGCUACUACUAGGCUAUAUGUUAUAGCCCACUAGUAGCGAAAGCGCCGGUUUUUUGGCGGCAAAAAAGGAUGAAAGUCUAGCUUUAAGUAGCUAAAACCUUUUUAUUCUCGAUGUUUUUGACCAACUAGUCAGAUUUUACGAAAACAAUUAUUCCUCUCGCCCUCAUUGCCUCUGAGUCAAUAGCCCAUUCGGCCUUUGGCCUCAUGGGCUAUUGACUCAGAGCCCAUUCGGGCUCGAGGAAUAAUUGUUAAGUAUAUGGGUUUUUGUAAGAAUUAUAUGCUUAAUCGAAAUGGCGUUUUAGCUUUUCAAGGCCUUUUAUUUUGUAUGGGGCGAAUCAUGCGUCUUAACUCGCCGUUACAUAGUGUCGGCUGACACAUCUUCGGCCUAAGGCUGAAAUCCAGCGAGGCGUGCGCAAACUCUGCAUGAAAAGUUCCUAGGCCUGAAGUAAUACGAGAGGUUGAUUAUAACUGUAACAACAAUGUAUUUUAUUCAAGGUCCAUGAAGCUUACAAUACUUAAUGCCCUGCAAAUAGCUAUAGCGCUAAUCUAGGCAGGACAAAAAUUGUAAGUAAAGGCGUUAUUAAAUUAUAUAUUUAAAAAAAAGGAAAAGAAAAGAAAUACAACAACACAUAGAAUGCAAAAUGUGACGGGUAAAAUUACAAUUAAAAAAAUAGUCAAAAAAUAGUCAGUGAUACAUUUUUUUUCACGUCUGUUUGUGGUGGACUAUUGUGAAACAUAGAAGGGAUCAAUUUUGUCAGGAUUUUGACGAAAUUUGACAACCUUCUUUUACAGCAGCCUAUUCCAGGCGUUCGGAUAGUGGAGUAAAACGCGAAGUGAGAGAGCGAGGAAAUUAUGAGGAAAAGAGGGAGCGGGAGAGCUUUUUCAAAACCCUGCUCUCAUCUGCCUGCGCCGCGCCCACAAUCUGAAAACCUGAAACAGGCUCCCUUUACAGACACACGUAACAGAGGGGCUUGAGUAAUCUUGUACCCAGAUCUCCCACGGCCAAAAACAGAGUGAGAUCUGGGUACGAGAUUAGGGCUAGAGCAGAUAAACAGUGCAUGAUUCUUUGCCUCCGAAAUUUUUAUUUUUUUGUAACAGCAGGGAUAUUCAAUAGUGACACUAAUUUCAGCACAGAAGCACACUCUGCCGACUCCGCGAUAUGGCCAGUACCUAACGCAUGCGCACAGUUAUAUCACCCGGGCAGUGACAGCGAUCGACUCAAGAGUAGUAUGAAAUGUCAGCCGUCUCCAGGUCUCCCCUCCUAACACGAGGGGAGGGGGGGUGGGAGACAGAGACAACGUGUGUUAGGUGGGAGGGAUGACAGGGCAGUCUGUUGCACAUAUUUUGUUACAAUAGGACAAUUGCACAAUGACGUCAUUUCACUACAACUACCAGAAUCCUUCAGUUUGCUGUUUUCUUGUGCAAGGUAGAGCUAUUGUUUUUUAAACCGCAGAGGGAUUGACAAAUUUAAAUAAGAAAGCAAAAAUGAAAAGAAUUCUGGUAGUUGUAGUCAAAUGUCGUCAUCGUGAAAAUGGACUACUGGUGAGGAAGAAUGUCAUUCGUAAAACCUGGCAUCUGUCAUGUUGAGCUUUGCCCCUUUUGUCAACUGUCAUAUCUCUUUUACAACAAGAUUUUCAUCAAUUGCCGCUACGACAAGAUUCAUUAGAUUCUUAACAUGUGCGACCACAAUAGCCCAUUUCAAGAACAUGUCUUCCAGGCUUUAGGGACAAAAAUUCUUUCACGACUCUGUUGUCCUGCAGUUCCCAGAGGAGAAGUGAGCACAAAGAAAACCAAACCAGAUAUGGAAAUAUGACCAGAAAGCAUCGGAUUCAUGUUAGCAUUUUAAUAUAUCGAACGUGGGCUAUUUGAAAUUAAUUUAUUAAUUUAUUCUUGCAGUGGAUGUGAACUUUGCAAAUUAAACAUGGCCACCAGCAAACCUAUUAGCUCUGAAUAAAAACGAUUUCUGAAUGCCAAGACAAAAUUCAAAAGUUUGAAAUUUUACGAUUGCCAAAGCAUUUGCUGUGACUCCCCUUCAACUUAAAAUUCGAAAACAAAAAAUAAUUAUCAUAAUUUUUUGCCUGAUGAAAAGUUUUCCAUUUUCAAUUUUCCGUGCGAUCCACCAUGACUGAAAUACAAGUAUCUCCAUUUUUCUUUUAAUUAUUUAUUUCGUAGAAGGCCUCUGUUUGGGUUGCUAAUCGUAUUCAAACGGAAAUCAUUAUCAAGGGAAAAAAGUAAAUAAGACCAGGUAUUUGUCUCCGGUUCGUUUGAUACUAUCGAAACUGAAAUUUUGCAUGUAGACUGGCGCGUCCAGUAGAUCAAGAUGCCUUCGACUAAUGGUACAAGAACUAUACUGAUAGCAGUCGAUGGGAGCGAAUACAGCGAAAAAGCGUUUGAAUGUAAGUAAUACAAAAAUCGCUAUAAACAUUAUGCAUUUACUAGAAAUAUUGAUAGAUUUAAAGGCCUGUCAGGCCUUUUCGCGAUUCAAAAUGGCUAUAUUUUAUUUUAUUUGCAUUUUUUUUUUGCUUUGGGUUAAACUUUCUUUUUUUUGCUGUUGUUGUUGUUUUUUUUAGCAAAGAUACAAAAAGGUAAAUUCAUAUUGACACUAGUUAACCGGAAGAAUUCUUGAAACACAACAGAAAUGAAACUGAAUAUAAACCUGACAUGCCAUGUGUAUCGCGAAAAAAAAUGCCAAAAACCUGCAUUUUCACUUUUUAUCUGUUAGUGGUUUCAUUUGAGCGCCCGGUCUUGCCCAAAUAUUCCGGUAUUUUUUCCAUAAGAAAAGAAAACUGCUUUUAAGUAACAAAUAAAAACGUGCCAUAGUUCAUGGGCUACAAAUAUUGCUCGACCACAAAGGAACAAAGUAUGUAAAUGAAUACAUGCAUAAUUUCCUACGCUAGUCAAGCCCUAAUAGCGGGCUAAUUACACCAUUUGGGUUUCUGAAUGUCUAUGUUGUAAGAAAAAAAUCCUCAAAUCCUAGGUGCUACAGUAAUAAGCCGAAGGUAUGUUCCACAAUAACAUUAACAUUUUCUCUACAUGAAAUGACAGAGUCGGUUUGCUUCGCUACACCCAUGCACUUAACUCCCGAUCGGGGUGCAGCCUAUAGCUCUGUUUGACCAAGGUUUUACCGUAAUCCGCAGAGUUUUUCUGGAAGAACUGUAAUUUACCAUGAUAUCUUUAGUCGUUAGCGUUUAGGUCCGUGAAAGAAAGCACAAACUGUGUUCAUUCAGUGAAAGAGAUCGGAAGAAAACGAAGAUUGUAUUUGUUAUGGUCAUAGCUUUUAUUGCCCUUUAAUUCACGGUAAAAGUGUUGUGGUAUUGUCUCAUUAUCGCCACAUUUAUGAAAAAUAAAACAGUAUAAUUUUGUAUGGGCAUUAAUAAAUAGACCGCCUUUUACUUGUGACGUUACUUGAGGCAUGUCGAGGGCGUACAACGUUUUACACACAAAAAAAUUCGUUCACAAACAGAAUUUUGUCAGUGAACUCAUUAGAAAAGUACUCUCUCCGAUUCCCCGUGCUGCAAGGGCACAAACACAAAUAUUUAAGACGGUUUUUGGCAGUUGAAUUAGUUUUCCCAUUUUUAAUUUUCAUUUGCAGACAUAACCAUGAUUAGCAUUUCAUAUUUUCAUAACACCAUAAUUGUUUUUCACUACAACACUGCGCGUCACCUGCACAGAGAAAGCGGCGAAAGCAGGUGAAAUUGUCGGAGGGGAGUCGUCCAUCUCCGAAACUUUCCGACGGAUUGCAUAAAGACUUUUCCUAGACUUUUUACUUGUUGAGAAGUCUACAGUUGAAAUGUAGCAUACAAAAUUAAGCGAAAAUCCCUAGUAAGUGCUCUUUAACGAAUCGAUCAAUUAUCAGUUAUUUUCCGUCAGACCUUCGAGAUGGUUACGCGCACCUUCUUGGUUUCAAUGGAUGUGCCGAGUCUAACCGUGAGAAUAGUAUCAAAUCAACCAAGGGGGUGGUGGUGGGGGAUGAAAAAUAUUUUUCUUGCCUUCCUCCGUCUGCUGCUUAACCCCAAUCCCCCCUUCCCCCCGCCUUCCGCCUCGACUCGCGACGAUCUUAAGGAAAAAUAGGGGACUGUUGACAUUCAAAGAGAUCUCCGUGUUCAAGGGCAUGAAUAGGAUAGAAGGUCUUACCAAUAAAUCGUUCCGCAGUUGUAAACUUUUAUGCAAAUGAAGAUAAAUUGCUUCCACAAAAUUCGUAUGAUGUAAUCAUUCUUUAAUUGUCAUUUUUUCGGUGACUUUAAGUAUGAUUAUGAUAACAACUAUGCGAAUAAUAUUAUAACUAUGAUUAUGAUUCUAAUUUUUGAGUGUAAUCAUGAUUUUCCGACAUUCCAUUUACAAACAUUGUCAUUGCAUUACAAAGGGCGCAGACUAUUAAAGGUUUUAUUCCGUAUCAGAGAGAGCCUUUCACGACUUCAGCGUCAUUUAUUUUACAAUAUAAAAAAAACACAGUACGUUGGGUGUGCUAUAUGUUUUCUCGAUAACUUACAGGGUACGCAGAUAGAUUCCGUCAGGCUGAGGAUCAAGUUGUGUUUGUACAUGUGUACGAAGCAGCCAUUACUCCACCUCCGACGUUUGCACGUAAGAGACAAGAACAAUAAAAAUAGAAUCUAUCUAUCUAGAGUCUCCCACUAGCAACUAAUUAAGGUAAACAAGAAUUCAUAAGAAGUGAGACAGCGAGUAGAUAAAAGGCAAGAGGGAAAAGUCCUCUUAUCUUUUUCCUUCCCAUUAAUUUCCCACUCGUUUUCCCAGUGAUUUUGUGCCCUUUAAUUUCCCAUUUGUCCCAUUAAUUUCCCACUCGUUUUCCCAGUGAUUUUGUGCCCUCAAGAAAAAUCAUUAAUUGUGUGAAGGAUUACAAAGCGAGCCAUUUAAGAGACUGUAGGCCAUGAUUUCAGGAAAGUCUGAGUUAAAACAUAAAUGUAGUGUUAUUAUCACUGAGGUAUAAAUUACAAAAUGUAACUUUUUUGGACUAGAAAUGGUUGUUCAUUAAAAUUCCUUUUUUAUCGGGAACGCUGCAAAAUCUUAAUUGCCAUAACAUUUAAAAAGAGUCGUUUUUAUGUACUGUAAAAUCACUCUUUUUCUUAAGACACUACGAGCCUUCCGUCGAGAGAGGAAUGGGAAUUGAUGCACUUGAAAGCUGAGAGAAAAGCGAAAGAGAUGUUGGCAAAGUACGAGAAGAAAUGUAUCGCAAAGAAGGUUUGUGUCAAGUAGAGUAGAUCGAAGUAGUAUCGUGAACAUGUUGCAACGGUCUUUGAUUAUUCUUCAUAGUUUAAAGGUGAUACAGCAAGUUAUUUUAGGCAGGUUCAUCACAUGCUUAAAUAUCGAAAUAACGUUUUCAAACGUGGGAGGGCGGGAGGGGAAGAAUGGAUCCCACCUAGUAUCCUGACUUGCUCCCGGUUGUCUGUAUUUGGAUCGCGCAGAAAGACGGAAUUCGAGAAGCGUGACUAAAGAGAGCGCGAGGUGUGAUGGGAAGGAGGAAAACGAAAAGGAGAGACUCCCCUUCUUCCUCCUUCCCAUCACUCCCCGCGCUUCCCUUGACCGUGUUUCUCUCUGGGAGUCUGAGAAACGACCAGGGACGAGUCAGCCUACUGCCAACACUCUUAUAAGCAGAUCACUUACUUCGUUGUUAAAUUCUCUAGCAGCCAUUUUGAAUAUUUUAAAAGCCUGGAACUGAGAAUUUGGGUUAGUGUAAAAUCAAAGGCGACAGGAAGUUGAUUCGAUGAUGUCACACUAACUACUUGCAGAUUUUCAGCCCGUGCGAAAUUAAAGGAAAUGCGCCAGGAGCCGAUGGCGCGAUUUGGUGCGCAAAGAAAGGUGGAUGAACACGAAUCUUCUUUGUAUAAAUUAAGUCAAAGCAUGCACAAAAGUGAACACGUUCACUGACAAAGCUUCUUUAUUUCAGCUGCCCUAUAAGACUAUUUACGCUCAUGGGCCAAUUGGUGAUGUGAUUUGCGCAGCAGGAAACAAAGUCAAUGCCGAAUACAUCGUCUUAGGAAACAGAGGACUGGGGACCAUCAGACGAACCAUUCUUGGCAGCGUGUGUGAUUACGUCACAAAGCACAUGAAUGUACCAGUUUUGAUGGUUCCAACAACAGCGGAGAACAACAAUUCAAGAUAA